AUGGAGGAGUUCUUUUUAGAAUUUUUAAAGGUGGAUGAUACAUCAGGACGAGGACUUUUUGAAGAACUUAUAAAUAUUUUGCAAGAGCUUAAACUUGAUAUUGGUGAUGUAAGAGGACAAGGGUAUGAUAAUGGUUCUAAUAUGAAAGGAAAACAUAAAGAUAAUGUUAAAGGUUUCACACUUAAGCCACCAUCACAAACUCGUUGGGAAGGUCAAGUUGAAAGUGUUAAAGCAAUAAGAUUCCAAGCUCCAGAUAUAAGAGAUGCUUUGAUUUACUUAGCAAGUUCUAGUGAAGAUCCCAAGAUUAAAAGUGAUGCUGAGUACUUAGCAUCAUAUAAAAUUGAGAAUUUUGAGUUCUUACUUGGUAUGGUUAUUUGGUUUGAUAUUUUGAAUGCUAUUAACAAAAUAAGUAAAAUCAUGCAAUCAGAGGAUAUGCAGAUUGAUGUUGCUAUAGACCUUUUAAGAGGGCUCAUUUCUUUUUUUGAAAGCUACAGAGAAAAUGGAUUUGAAACAGCUAUGGUUGAGGCUAAAGAAAUUACAGUUAGAAUAAAAGUUGAACCCAUUUUUCGUGAACAUCGCAUUAUUCGCAGAAAGAAACAUUUUGAUGAAAAUGCUAGUAAAGAGAUGGCAAUGACAGCUAAAGAGUCAUUUAGAGUCAAUUACUUCAUAUAUAUCGUUGAUCAAGCUCUUUCUUCACUCAAAGUAGAUUUAAACAGUUUCAACAAUCUCCUAAAGCAUGACAAAAAAUUUGAUAUUAAUGGGACAGAAUUAUUUUCAGAACUCCAAAUCUUAGGAGAAGCAUUACUAAGAGGAACAACAAAAGCAAUUGAAGUAUUGAAUUUUAUGGAAAGGCUAAAUUAUUGUUUUCCAAAUGCUUGGAUUGCUUAUAGAGUAUUAUUGACAAUACCAGUUACAGUUGCAUCGGCAGAGAGAAGCUUUUCAAAGUUGAAGCUCAUCAAAUCUUAUCUACGGUCAACAAUGUCACAAGAGAGAUUGAAUGGAUUAGCUAUGAUAUCUAUCGAAAAAAAAUUAUUGGAGAAGCUUGAUUGGAACAUUUUAAUUGAUAAUUUUGCAGCUCAAAAUGCAAGGCGAUCCCAUUUAAUGUAG